AUGAGUAAUAUGAAAGCUGUAAUAGCAAAUGGACCUAAAGAUUAUAAACUAAUUUAUGACAAACCCAUGCCUAAAAUACAAGAUGGGCAAGUACUAGUCAAAGUAUUGGCAAGCGGAAUUUGUAGCUCUGAUUUGAUGAUGUAUGAAGGUAAUGAAUUUUAUUGGGGUGUCGAUGAAUGUGCCCGACGUGGUGUUAUUCCCGGUCAUGAAUUUGUUGGUUCAGUCGUUGAUAUCGAUCCUUCGAUAGCUCGUGAUCAAUCAAUUUCUGUCGGUGAUAUCGUUGUUGCUGAACAAUUUAUAGCUUGUCGUGAUCAAUAUGUUGAUGGCAGCAUGGCUGAAUAUAUGGUCUAUCAAAAGGGAUCUUUGGUACAUAAAGUUCCAGAGGAUUUAUCGCCAACUUAUGCAGUUUUAGCUGAACCAGUUGCUUUUUCUGUCCGUGCGAUGGAUCGAGCACAUUUAAAAACAACUGAUCUGGUUGUCAUCUCUGGUUGUGGUACAAUAGGUUUGGGUUUAGUUGCUGCUAUUGAAACAUUUUAUCCAGAUAUAUCAAUGAUUGUUCUUGAUUAUUUUCAAGUUAAACUUGAUUUAGCUAAAACUAUUUCUAAAAAGUGUACAACAUUUAAUUUAUCCGAUAAAACAGUUUCUUCGAUAGCAGAUAUUGUUCGAAAAAUGUCUGGUGAACAGAAUGGUGCUGAUGUAUUUUUUGAAUGCGCAGGCACACCUGAGUCUAUUAAAGCUGGUUUUGAAUUUCUUCGUAAAUGUGGAACAUUUAUUCAUAUUGGAAUAUGUAAAGAAACAUAUAUUGAUGCUUCAUGGAAUGUUAUAUCAGCUGGAAAAGAAUUGACAAUAAUUGGCUGUAAUUUAGGUCGAAAUGCUUGGCCACGUGCUUUUGAAAUUUUAAAAAAAUGUGAUUUAUCUUCAAUGAUUACACAUAGAUUACCUUUAGAAGAAUAUUCUAAUGCAUUAGGUUUAAUUAGUUCUGGAAUAAAAGUUAUACUUGAUCCAACUCUUCCUGCAUCAAAAUUACUUAAUGAAUCUCAAUCAUUAUUACCCAUAGUUAAUAAUAAUGAAAAACAUUUGAAAAUAAAAGAUAGUGUUGCAUUUGUAACAGGUUCUUCUCGUGGUAUUGGAUGUGCUAUUGCUAUUGCUCUUGCUCGUGAAGGCACAAAAGUUAUUAUUCAUGGUACAACUCAUGAUAGUCCAAGUUAUUUAGAUGAAGGUACUACAAUGACAACUCUUGCUCAACAUAUAUCAACAAUAACUAAUAAUACUGAAAUAACACCUGUCUGGGGUGAUUUAUCAACAAAAGAAGGUGUACAAUCUGUUCUUAGUCAUAUUAAAUAUCCUAUUGAUAUUUUAAUUUGUUGUGCUGGAGGAAAUAUUGGUUCAAGUGGAGUUAAUACAGCAUCCGGAGGUAAACCAUCUCAUGAUACAUGUUUAACCAUAAGUGAUUCAGAUACAAAAUCAAUUUUAAAUCGAAAUUUUUGGACAACACAUCUUGUUUGUCAAUCAAUUGUUCCUCAAAUGAUUCAAAAUCAUCGAGGUCAUGUUAUUAUUAUUGGUUCUACAUCGGCUUUACUAGGAAGAGAAAAAGGUGCUCUUUAUACAGUAUCAAAAGCAGCAGUUCAUCAAUAUAUGAGAUGUUUAGCAACUCAAGUACAAUCAUCAGGUAUUCGAGUUAAUUGUAUUGCACCAGGACCAACUUUAACUGAACGAUAUAAACGAAAUAUUGGAACAGAUCAAGGUGUUACUGGUAGACCAGAACAUGUUGCUAAUGCUGUUAUUCAAUUAUUAAAUAUGGAUUUUGUUCAUGGACAAACUAUUCGUGUCGAUGGUGGAGAACAAACUUUUACUUCUUAA